AUGGAGCUGGCGAAGUGGGUCAGGUGGAGAGAUCACCAGGAAAGUCGGGAAUUGGUGGGAAAUAACGUAAAAUUGAGCACAUGCGGCCUCCGUUGCCCCCACGAGCUCGGUGCCUCGUCAGCUGUUGACUCCGACAUCGAACGUCCCAGGGCAGGAAGGGCGGCGUGGGCGGUGGCGGCUUCCAAAGGCCCCGACGGAGGCGGUCGCCCGACUCGGGUAGUAAAAGAGGAACCAGUGGAGUUUUCUGGGAAUACUGAUGAGGAGCUUGAGUCUCCUGAAUCUCUGUUUCUUGAGCCAAUUGUGAAUAAUAAAGAUUCUCAAGCAACCAAGUGUUUAUGUUGUGACAGUCAUGAUGACAUAAGAGUACUGGUGAAGCCACUGAAAUCAGUCAUUAACUCCAAGAAGUUUGUAAGAGUAAGUCAAAGAGUUCCUAACAACAUUCAAGGAACCUUUUUUUUAUAUUUCAUGGGGUCAAAGACCAGAGUGAGCACAAAUAUGAAUUCCCUUCUGCUGGAUGCUGUUUGUCUCGCAGAGGUUGUCACAGACAGAUUUGAGUUAAAAGUAGCAAUUCUUGUGUUGACUACAUAA